GAAAGAUCCUUCGAGAUUAAUGAUAAUCUAAACGCCCAAUUUCAAUAGCGAAAACUAACGGAAGACUUCAGGAACCUAGGGUCGUAAUUUGCUACGGUAUCAGUGGCUUCCAAAUCCUCCCACCGACGCCUACUCACCUAUUGCAGAGAUGGCAACUUUCCCACUCAUCAAAAGCCAGGCCCCGAAACUCGUACUCAACCUCAUUGACGAAAAAACACAGUGGCUGGGUGAUCACGCCUUUAUGCGAUACCCGUCCGAGGAUUGGGAAAGCCAUGGCUAUCGUACCAUUACCUGGCGUCAGUACGCCGAUUCCUCAACAAAGUAGCUUGGUGGUUGGAUGAACAACUUGGUCAUCCAAAGGAAAACGACGUUGUCGCGUAUUCCGGCCCUGCUGACCCCAGGUAUGCCAUCAUCCUUCCAGCUGUCAUAAAGACACGCAGAAGAGUACGUCGGUAUCCAACUGUUCUACAGCGACGAGAUCGAGGCGGCAUACAAGCGGUUUGCACAAGCCGGUGCGUCCAAGUAACGGAGGGGAAGAUAAUUGAUUGCCC